UUCUCUAUUGAAAAAGUCUAGAAAAGUGUUGUAAAUAAAUAAAAUGGCUGCGCCCUUGCUCAUGAGUGAAAAGACUUUAUUGUUGACAGUUGUAAACUCAAUUCGCCGAAGACAUUUUUCAAUAAAUUUAGUGAAUUAUAAAUUAAAUAUUUCACGCCGUCAAAGCCGCUUUAUUUCCACACAGAAUCAGCUAUGGGUUCAUAGAUUAAAUGCAUCCUCUUUCUAUGGAAGGAGCAGGAGCGAUCAUCACGAUCAGCUUCAUUAUAAUCAACAUGACCGUCACUAUCAUGACUAUGACUAUGACCAUAGCGAAAAAUCUUCAAAAAUAGGUAUCGUAGCCGUAGCAGCUGCAACUGUAACAUGCUUUGGACUAUUUAAAUUAUUUUGGGAUGGCUUUAAGAUAUUUGCUCAGGAAUCAGAGAAACCUUAUUGUAAACCAUCUCGGCAGGUAGUGAUUCCAACAGAUACCUCAGGGCUCAAGUUAACUUUGUAUCAGUAUCAAACCUGUCCAUUCUGCUGUAAAGUAAGAGCAGCCUUGGACUAUUUUGGCUUCUCAUAUGAUGUGAUUGAGGUGAAUUCAGUUACAAAGAAACAGUUGAAAUGGAGUGAUUAUCAAAAAGUCCCAGUCCUUGUUGUGGGUGCUAAUGCAGAAAACAAACAAGAAGUGCGACUGAAAGAUAGCUCUGUUAUUAUCAGUGUCCUGGAGUCUUAUCGCCAAGAUCCUAAAGCAAGUAUCACUCAGUUGAACUCCUACUAUCCAUGUCUAACAGAGAAAGAAGGAAGAAAGAUAAAAUACAAUUUCCUGAAUAAAUAUUUCAUCAUGUUCCCAAUCACUCAAGACUCUAAGACUCAAGAAGAAAGAAUUGAAGAAAGACAAUGGCGCCAGUGGGCAGAUGAUCAUCUGGUGCAUAUGCUGUCUCCUAAUGCCUACAGGACUGUGGGAGAAGCACUUCAAGCUUUUAACUAUUUCUCAGAAGUGGGAGAAUGGGAGCAGAAUUUCACUACCUUGGAACGUUAUGUUGUUAUCUAUGUGGGUGCAAGUGUUAUGUAUGUCAUGGGAAAAAUUCUCAAACAAAAGUACAAAUUGAAUGAUGAUGUCCGCAUAUCUCUCUAUGAGGCAUGUAACGAAUGGGUGAAAGCUGUGGGUAAAAGCAGGUUAUUCAUGGGAGGGGACAAGCCAAAUUUAGCAGAUCUGUCAGUGUUUGGUGUCUUGAGCUCUAUUGAAGGCUGCAUAGCUUUUCAAGAUGUUUUACAAAACACAAAGAUUGGGCCUUGGUAUAGACGGAUGAAAGAAGCCAUACAGAAUCAUCAAGGUGCAAAAACAUUAAAUAGAUUAACUUCUAAUUAAUUUGUUUUACAAGUGCCUAACUUUUAUUUCACUGCUAUUUUAGGGCUGUUUUCAGAGAUGUUAAUGAUCAUUCAUUCUUUAUUUAAUGUUUUCUUGGAUAUUUAUUAAAGCUACUGUCUGUGUAGAAAUUGUAUUGUUGUUAAGAUGAAAUAGAUGCACAAAUUUAUUUAGUGUUGCGGACUUAGUUUUUUAAAAAUAUAUAUAUUUUGCAAAGCCACAUGCCUACACAAUUGUUUUAUGAAUAGCUCUAGAACAAGUCUAUUAGCUAAAAAUAGUAAUAACUCAUUACUCUUAAUCAAUACAAAUCAUAUCAAUAUUUAUUGUAACUUUUUUGUUUAAAAAAAAAGUUGUUUUUUUUUCAGUUAUAUUAAAGAAAAUAAAUUCAAAUUAUUUAUGUUCUCAAAAAAUAAGUUUUGCAAUUUUUUCAGGUCCAUGAAAUAAUCAUAUUUAUGUAAUAUGAAUUAUUUAAGUAUUAAUUUGUCUGUCUAGUUUUAAAAUAUUUUGUUUUAUGAUAAAUAUGAUGUAAAUAUUCUUGUGAACAAACUUUACUGGAUUUAAAAUGAACAUAUGAUGUAAAA